AUGUUAGAAUCUCUAACUAGAAAGCCUUGUGAGAUCAAGAACCAGGAUGUUGUACUUCGUGAAAUACAAAAGGAGUUGAAAGAGAAGAGCUUCCUUCUUGUGCUUGAUGAUGUGUGGGAUGAGGACAUUAAAAACUGGGAGGACUUAAGGGGCAUAAGGGAAACACCUCCUGGUCACAGGCAUCAUCUUAAGGAAGUGAUAGAUGAGGAGUGCUGGUCCAUUAUCAAAGAAAGAGCAUUUGGAAACUCUCCCCUAUUACCAGAAAUGGAAGCUAUUGGAAGGGAUAUUGCUCAUAGGUGUGGAUGCGUGCCAUUGGUCGCAACGGUUAUAGGCGCAACUAUGUGCAACAAAUGGGAUAGAGAUGAGUGGUCGUCACUAAGAGAUAGCUCUAUUUGGGGUUCAUUAGAAAAGAAUGAAGGGAUUGUACGUAUUCUGAGAUUAAGUUUUGAUCGCUUGUCUUCUCCAUCUUUAAAGCAGUGCUUUGCAUACUGUUCCAUUUUUCCUAAGGGUUUUAGGAUCCAAAGGGAUCAAUUGAUCCAACUUUGGAUGGCUGAAGGCUUCCUUCAACAACCCAAAGGAAGCUCACAACUGGCAUUUGAGGAUAUUGGUAACGAUUACUUCAAUGACUUGCUAUCGAAUUCUUUAUUGCAGGAUGAGGAAAAGGAUUUGUACGGUUGCAUUACAAGUUGCAAGAUGCAUGAUUUGGUUCAUGAUCUAGCUCAUCCGUUUCACAUCUCCUUCCACAUGGUAAUAGACUUCAAAGGUUUGCGUGUUCUUAAAUUUGGGGGUGUUGGUGUUGAAUCAUUGCCAGACUCGAUUGGCGAGCUAAAGCAUUUGAGAUACUUUGAUAUAUCGGGAACGUACAUUCGUAGACUACCAAUGUGCAUUAGGCAACUCUAUCUUUUGGAGACAAUAAGAUUAUUGUGGUGCUUUGACCUCGGACACCUUCCUGGAGGAAUGAAAAGUUUAGUCAACUUGAGGCAUUUGUAUAUCAAUUAUCAACGUCAUGUUCCUGUCGAGGUAGGAUGCCUAACUAGUCUUAUAACUUUGCCAUUAUUUGUGGUGGGUAGAGAAAGGGGAAGAGGAAUUGAGGAAUUAGGAUUUUUAGUUGAACUUGGAGGAGAAUUGGUCAUUGAUGAUCUUCAGAAUGUUCGAGACAAAGAAGAAGCUAGGGGAGCAAGAUUAUGGGAGAAGAAAAAGUUACACAAGUUGCAAUACCGAUGGAAUUUCAGGUGGAAUCUCGGAUUUGGUACGGAUGAGGAAGUGUUGGAACCUCACUCAAAUUUGAAAAGCUUAAUUAUUGAGUAUUAUGAGGGAGAGUACUGUCCAUCAUGGUUGCAAGGGAAGAUUGGUGGUGGUGACCCAAGUUCUUCUUUUCAACCCAUGAAUUUGGUAGAGUUGAAACUAAUUCAUUGUAAGAAUGUGAAGAAUCUUCCACCACUUGGGCAAUAUCCUAAUCUCAAAUUUCUUGAAAUAGAAGGCUUACACAGUGUGAGAGGCAUAGGAAAUGAAUUUUAUAUGAAUGGUUGUGAUUAG